UGUUACUAUUUGCUACGAUGGCGGGGAGAGCGGUUAUACUCCUCGCGAGGACUAUAUGCCUUUGUACGGCGAUGUUCGGCGUAAUGUCUCAAGAUGGCAGUACAGCAGAAACGAAACACUACGAAGAAGAGCGACUUCUGAUUGACUGCAACCUGAAACGCUUGCUUGCAGGACAUACUUACAACUCGAUGAAGGACAUAUGUGGAGACGGAUAUCGGGUUGAAGUGAUGGGUUUGUCCUACGAUAAAGAGGCUUUUCCAGAAGACUCAUUUCCAUGGACAUUUGAAAUGGCACUUAUGACCGACCUGGCUGAAUCAACAGCGGUGAUAUCGCGCCAGUUUCACAUCGACGGGGCCCCGCCCAGCGACAAUAUCACUGGCAUCAUAAGUGAUUUCUUCGCAGCGGAACCACAACGAUCUAUAACCAUACCGAGAGGAAAAUGCGACAACAGAGAUGGAAUAGGGAUGAUGAAGCUCUACUCCGGGACCCGAGAAUUCUCUGGAAAGGGUUACUUCAUGGUGCUUUGUGAUUUCUCAGAAUAUGAUCUGAAGCUUGCUGUGACGAAUGCCGCUGAUAACAGCUACAUAGGUGGCCAAGUUGAUACCCCUAUGGCUAUGGCAGUAGAUUGGACGACAACGUCUGUCAGUGACUUGGUCACAAAAACACCUCUUGCUGAUUUAAAGGUUGUUGUGGAAGGCAACGUGCCACUUCUAGAACCGGAGGACACGUGCGUAUUUGCUAUAGCGUAUUUAACUGCUGCUCCUAAAGACAUGAAAGCAGCCGGAGAAGAAUAUACGAAACCAACUGAUGCACAUUACAACGAUGAUGGAAUGACUAACGACCAUUCCCCAAAAAUUACAUAUCAUGAUACUCUUAUUGGUACUCCAAUAUGCCUGAGAGAAGCAGCAAAUAAUGAGGAGCACGACUUACUUCAGAUUGUUAAAGACAGUUCGGAUGUCCUCAAUCUUUGUGGAAAUUACACGCUUGUUCUGGAAGUUGACCCGUUUAGAACUUUGCACAAUGAGCAAAAUAAAACAAAUAAUGUCAUUGCAUUCAACUUGCAGUUUAGAUGUGCAGCGGAAGAGAAGCCACCAUCAAAGUGUGAGAUACUGACAAAUGGGUUUGGCGGAGGUCGAUUCCAGUCGUUUGAUACAAGGAUCUUAUUUCAUGGCAGCAAAAAAGACGAUGAAACAUCUAAGAUCCAUCGUUACACUCAAUUAUUCAGUCAGGAAGAGAAGUCUUGGGGAUCUCUCGUAAGUUAUCGUGACGAUCCUAGAGGUUUGCAGAAACAUGGAUUUGGUCUUUUAAAGGUUUAUAACAAAUACCUCAUGUCAGAGUUCUCCGAAAGCGAAUGCGGUGAUUUUGAUAACGAUGCUGAAGUACAGUCAACAAUAUCACACAUCGAAGGGCUUGAUGAAGAAAAUCUUAAAGCAAAAGCUGGUCUUGCUGAACUAUAUCCUCCUUUAAAUGAAGCUAAAAUGAAACUGGUCAGUUUGGAAACAACUGAUGACUCUGAAGUGAUAAAACAGAUAAGAAAUGAAGCAUGGCAAUCACUCGAAAACCUGGUACACCCGGGCAGUGAAAGUGGUAUCCUUGACUUUGCUAAACAACUGUCUCUAAAAAGCGCUUAUAACAUGACCAUGAUGUUGGCAGAUGCCAUACUAUCAGGAACUGACAAGGAAGUGAUGAGAUAUUAUGCCAACUUGGAGAUGUGUAUGGUAUCGAUUGGACUAGAGUAUCUACCGUAUUUGUUUCAUAUGAUGCAAGAUCCCAACUCCAGGCAGGAUGCCUUUAACGGCGUGAUGGAUAUUGUUGGCAAUCUAACACGCAUUGUCUUCUCUGCACGCUAUUUCUACCCAGAAUUUACAUGUCAAGAAAAUAUGCUUACCAACUUGUUAGAUUUCCUGAGGAUUUUGGACCCGGAGAAUCCUAGAGAAGAAGCCAUGGAAUGGCUGUUCGAUAGUGACCAGGUGAGAGAUAUUAAGAUGAAUGGAGAGAAACUUGCCUUCAAUGACUGUGGACUCCGGAUGAACAAAUGUGUGAAGAAGCUGCAGAGUGUAUGUGCCGUGCUGGAACAUGCUGAUUAUAUGGUCAAACCGGUUGCAGAAAACGAAAAGGACGUCUGUGUCGCGAAAUACCUGAAGAAAAAGGCUGAAGAACAAUAUAGAAUACUUGGGCUCUUGGGUCUAAAAGAUCAAAUGGAAGAUAAAGACAUGAAUGAUAAGUGCCGCAAUGAUCCAUUUGCUCCGCAGAAAGGCCCUCUUACACUGUACGCAAUUGUGGAUGAAACCGUUGGACAGGUUGUGUACAAAGGCUUUCCAUCCCUUGAUAGCAAGUACUUCAUAUGGAAGAAAGAAGCAAUUUGCACGUGCACUAAAUGCCACCGUGACAUGGACAUGAAGAAAAAAUAAAGAUCCUGGGAACAUUUUAUUUCUUUCGUUUCUACAUCUAUCUUAUUAUAUCUUAGUAUAUGAGUAAGCAUUGGUGAUGCAUAAAAAAGUAUAUUGUUUCUCAAAAUAGAUUGGUACUGAUAAUUUAGGAAAACGUGGCAGUUGACCGGAUAAAUAUAAACACAUUUGUUAUAUAAUAUUAUAUAGUUGAACACAUUUGUCGUUACUCCUCAUAAAAUUAACAAACGUGUUUGUGAACAUGGACGGUUCCAAACUGAAGGGGAAGAAGCAUUUUAUAGAAAUAUUUCGAUUACAAAAUACAAUACAUAUCCGUAGCCCUGACCAACCUAUAAAUCGGGCAAGUCUAUUUUUAUUAAUACAACAACACUGUUGGCCCAUUUACUAUUAAACAAGGAGUACAACAUUGUGUCGGUAAAUGAAAUAAUUAUUUUUCUCAGUUAAUAAUAAGACCAGUCUCACCAAGUAGUAAACGUAUUUAUAUUGAACUGAUCAACUGGAAUUAUUACUUCUUAUACUUACUUUCGUCUUUCGAAUACUAUACUGAAAUGAGCCGUGCCAUGGGAAAACCAACAUAGUGGGUGUGCGACCAGCAUGGAUCCAGACCAGCCUGCGC